AUGCACAUUCCAGAUCAUCUAAAAGAAGACUUUGAUUGGUGGAUGAAGAUAUUCUCAGAUCCAGAACAGGCGAACUUUAUCCGAUCAGAUGUAGCGAUCUUAGAAAUAUUCUCCGAUGCAUCCCUAUCAGGAUGGGAAGCUUCUUGUGGUACUAGUCGUACCCAUGGAUGGUGGUCAGAAGAGGACAAAACUUUUCACAUAAACUUUCUAGAACUUAAAGCCGUUUAUUAUGCCCUUCAGUGUUUCGCAUCGGAUCAGCGAGAUUGCCAAAUUCUCCUCAGGGUAGAUAACACGACAGCUAUCGCAAAUAUAAAUCGUUUUGGAUCCAUCCAGUACCCGCAUUUUUUAUCAAUGGCGAGACAGAUCUGGUCCUGGUGCGAAAGUCGGAAUAUCAUGAUUUUUGCCUCAUACAUUGCUUCCGUUGAUAACGUCAUAGCUGAUCGAGAAUCCAGAUUAAUUAGUAUAGACACAGAAUGGUCCCUUUCAGCGGAUGCCUUCCUUCGGAUAUUUUCCGAGUUUGGCCCUUUCGAUAUUGACCUCUUUGCCUCAAUCAUCAACGCAAAAUGUACAAAUUACGUAUCUUGGUUUCCGGAUCCAGGCGCUAUUGCAAUUGAUGCAUUUACAUUAUCAUGGUCAAAUGCAGUUCCACCCAGCAUGGAGGACACUUUCCCUGGCAGCGGGGCUCUUAUCAGGCAGGCAUUCACGACCCGAGGAGUGCCACCGGGAGCAAUAGAUACCACUAUGGCAUCUUUAUCAGAGACAACUAUCAAACAAUAUACUAAACCUCUUCGCAGUUGGUGGCUGUUUUGUAAAGCGGCAUCUGCCUCUAUAUGGUCACCAACCCCGACACAGCUCCUCCAAUUCCUAGCGCAGGAAUUAAACCAAGCGAACUCUUACUCGCUAAUUAAUAACACCCGAUCCGCAAUAUCUUUAAUCUCAGACAACGAGAUUGGAAACCAUAAGUUAAUUAAGCGAUUCUACGUAAUCACAAAGAAGUUAGCCCUCCUCCUCGCUUUGGGUACAGGCCACAGAGUACAGACGCUCACGUCAAUCAAAGUUUCACAAAUCUCUAUUGCAGAUAAACUCAUAAUCAGGGUGCCAGAUAAAAUAAAAACAUCUGCACCAGGUCGAUCUCAACCCCUAUUCAUUUUUUCUCCAUUUAGAGAUAACGAAGCCUUGUGCAUUUUUACUCUAAUGAAAACCUAUUUAGAAGCUACAAAAAGCUUUCAAGCAUCUUCCUGUGACAAGUUAUUUAUCUCCUGGUCAAGGCCACAUAAAGCAGUAGGCCAUCAAACGGUUAGUCGAUGGAUAAGAUCGAGCCUAGAAGAGUGUGGAGUGAGGUCUGAUUUCUUUUCCGCACACGUCAUGCUUCCACCUCAUCUGCGGCACAGAAAGGGGUAUCUUUAG